UCGGAGACGCGCAGAGUGGGCGGAGUCAGGAGAAAGGAAGGACGGUGUGAGGAGAGCGCGCACCGCAAUCACGGACUUCUUGUGGGACAAGAGAACCGGUCUGGCUGCGAGGACGAUGCCACACUCCAGACGGUACCGGUCAUCGGAGAGGCGGAGCCGAGGGAGUUACCACGAGCGUUACAGAAGCCGGAAGCAUCGGAGGAGAAGCAGGUCGCGAAGCAGCAGCAGUCGAGGCUGUGACCGGCGUCACAGGCGGGGCGAGAGUUGCCACGAAAGGUCGCGGAGUUAUGACGCGCGAUCAUCGGACAGACGGGCGUGCGAUCGCAGAUAUGUAGACACGUACCGGAGGAACAAUUACACCCGGGACAGAGACUUGUACUAUGACGCGGAGUACCGCCAUUCCUACGAUUACCGGCGUUCCCGGGAGGACAGUUACCGGAGUGGGAAGAGCAGCCGGCGGAAGCAGAAGCGCAGGAAGCGUAGAACAAGGUCUUAUAGCCGCUCGUCAUCGAGGAGUCGCCAGAGCAGCAGCAGGCAGGCCAAGAGUGUGGAAGACGACGUGGAGGGUCACCUGAUCUAUCGCAACGGCGACUGGCUACAAGAAAGAUAUGAGAUUGUCAGCACCCUGGGCGAGGGUACCUUUGGCCGAGUUGUGCAGUGUAUAGACCACAGACGGCCAGGCCCCCGAGUGGCUCUAAAAAUCAUUAAAAAUGUCGAGAAAUACAAAGAGGCGGCGCGGCUGGAGAUCAACGUGCUGGAGAAACUCAACGAGAAGGACCCAGAUAACAAAUAUCUCUGUGUACGGAUGUUCGAUUAUUUCGAUUAUCACGGGCACAUGUGCAUCUCCUUCGAGCUUUUGGGUCUCAGCACCUUCGAUUUCCUAAAAGAGAACAACUACCUGCCGUACCCCAUCCACCAGGUGCGGCACAUGGCUCAGCAGCUGUGCGUGGCGGUGAAAUUUCUACAUGACAACAAACUGACUCACACCGACCUGAAACCCGAGAACAUCCUGUUUGUGGAUUCCGACUACGACCUGACCUACAACGUGGAGAAGAAGAGGGACGAGCGAUUUGUGAAGAAGACUGACGUCCGAGUCGUAGAUUUCGGCAGCGCAACGUUUGACACUGAACACCACAGCACCAUCGUGUCCACCCGUCACUACCGAGCGCCGGAGGUCAUUCUUGAGCUCGGGUGGAACCAGCCAUGUGACGUGUGGAGUAUCGGAUGUAUUGUUUUCGAGUAUUAUGUGGGCUUCACCCUCUUCCAGACACAUGACAACAAGGAGCACCUGGCUAUGAUGGAGAGGAUUCUGGGCCCCAUUCCCUCCAGGAUGGUCCGAAAAACACGGAAGCAGAAGUAUUUCUACCGCGGUCGGCUGGACUGGGAGGACGGCUCCUCUGCGGGGCGCUACGUACGAGACAACUGCAAACCUCUGAGGCGGUACAUGUUGAACGAGUCGAGCGAAGAACACCGCCAGCUCUUCGAUCUCAUAGGAGGAAUGUUGGAAUACGAACCGUCCAAACGAUUGUCGCUCUCUGAGGCUCUGAAACAUCCUUUCUUCUCCCCUCUGAAGAGCGAUCACAACUUGAAACACUGGGACACAGGGCGAGACAUCAGCCGGUGACUACACUGAAGACCAGCCAAUGAGGGGUCCUCCUGAUCCUGGUGCUUCAUGAACUGAACCCUCAGCAGUCGUAUUAAACUGUCCAUAUGUGAAUAAUUAUUCUAUAUAUAUAUCUGUACAGUCCGGAGCCGAGGCUGCCAUGUACAUAGAGUCCUGCUUGUGUGCCGGCACUGCUCCACCCGGUGGUGGGUGACCUGCACUGCACAUGUACAUUGUUCUCCUAUAAUUUAUAAAGUCAGUGUUGGGGUGGGGGAGGGGGUAGCGUGGCGCCAUGCAGCUCGCAGUGUUUUUAUAUAAAGUUUUGUACAGUAUUUGUGAGAAAUAAACACCUUAUGUUUGUACGAAAAA